GGUUGUAAAUGGUCUUCAUCAUGGCUAAAAAGAAAAAGCGACAAAUCUCUUGUUAACUAGCAGUUCAGAUGUCUCAAUCAUUAUUUCAUCCGGUAUUCUGAAUCUGAUGAUUCAAUCAGCAAACCAUCAACGCUGGUCAACUCCAGCCACACGUUCACCUCCUCGAAAGCGAUGCGUCUUGUAUGGUUGUUACUCGUCACCGGCGUUUAUGCGUCCCCAACCACACCUUGGGUUCGCCGGGACAAGGGUUGGAAUGAUAUAGCUUGUUCCGACCCCUACAUCACCGAUGCCAAAGUCACAGCCAACCUGAGAUGGAAAGCAGCGGACACCAACAUCUCUUGGAAGGAGGCUUUGGUCGCAUGGAGAAACUACACGCCUGGAGAUGGUGAGGUGAGACUCAAAUUUCCGGCCUUCAUAAGCGACUUCUAUGGCGGACCAGAAGGAUGGAAUUGCCAGGAUCCCGUGAACACUCCAUGUUCCACGACGGUCAAAUGCGAAGACACCAAGCAUCCAGCUGGCUUUCUCCUUCUCAACUCUUUUUCUCGGCUACACAAUGUCUACCAAAAAUACCACGAAGCACUACAAGAUGCGCAAAUCAACAUUCAAACGUCAAUGGCAAGCUUCGUCGAUGUCUUUGCCCCCCAGAUAAAAGAGAGAGACGACACAGCCCUCGUGAAGACCCUGCUGGAUGUAUUACAACUGUGCAUGGGUGUUGCGUCGGCUGUCAUAAAAAACGCCCAGAUAUUCGCCACUGCCGCCUAUCUUAGUUUCGCCAAAGAUAGCUUCAACAGCGUAAUUUCGUCUUCUCUCGCUCUCACCAAGGACAACCUCAAACCUGCCAAAGACGCCGCCAGUGUGCAGAAUAACCUCACUUCUGCCAUGGGUACCUUGUUUGACUAUUGGAAGAAAACUCAGUCUGACUAUUUAUCGGAAAUAUUCUCCGGGUCAAACCAGACGACUAUCGACAUGUUGGAAUCUUUGAUAAGAGACGGCAUGAUGAACAUGGUGCCUUCCGAUGUCAACCUAUCGGAGGUGACGGACAUUAUCCAGAGCAUCACGUUUGGGCAAAUGAUCCAAAUAGCAUGGGCAGAUGCGCCAGCUGGAUUUACGCCUUUUGUGCUUAAAACCGGCGAGGCAUGCUCAGACACUAUGCCCAAGACAUUGGACCCCUACAUGGACCAAGAAACACAUGAGAAAACGGGCGUCUGCUGGCUUGGAAACCAGUUCUAUGUGCUGAGAGUCGGAUCACACAAUGUUCAUGUCAAAACUAAUACUCCUGGUCUUCCCCUUCUUCCCCACUCAGACCGGCCAUUUCAAAGACUCUCAGGCGGCACCCACGACGUACUUAAUGGCACGCACUGGGGUGGCAUCACCCUGGACGACAUAGUCAUCAGCUCAUACAGCGGCUAUCUAAACAACGGCAACCGAAAUGGUUACAACAUAACCAUGGACGACAGUCAAGGGGCUGUCGACCAGCUGAUGUUCGCGAGAGGGGUGCAAACACCUGGUUUCUUUUCGCUUCCAGUUUGCACGAAUUUGUGGACCACAAUUAUGCAAAUUGCCAAAGGCUCACGCACCAGGUGCGCCAUGAUCCUCGGCGGCCGCGAGAUCGUCACGCGCCAGUCAGUGCGCAACCUACUCGACGUCGGCCACCACCACCACCAGCAGCAGCAGCAGCAGCCCUGUGGCGUCGACCUCACCCUGGGUCAGGUUUUGGAAAGGACGUCGACGGCUACGAUUGACUUUGAGAACUCCAAACGUCAGGCCGCCAAGACCUCCAGCCUGCCUUUUGACAACACCACCCAUGCCAUCAAGAUACCGCCAGGCGCCCACGUGGUGGAUUUCAACGAAUUGGUCCAGCCGUGGCGGUUUGGUGUGGGUAUCAGUGCCGGCGUGGUUUGA